UGUAAUUAUUCUGUUUACUACUUUAGACAGGACCAUGAAAUGGUUGAGGGCAUGAAUGGUCACACCAAGGAGGAGGGAACAGGUCCUGUAUCAGGAGAUGAUGACAACAUUUGUCGGGAUUUUCUGCGAAAUGUUUGUCGACGGGGUAAACGAUGCAAAUAUAGGCAUCCAGAAGAUAUAGGGCCUGGACCACCUGGAGGGAACCAAGCUAAAACAGAAUUAACAUUUUGCCAUGACUUUCAAAAUGGCAACUGCUCUAGACCAAUGUGCAGGUUUAUUCAUUGCACUUGUGAAGAUGAAGACUACUAUCUCCGCACAGGAGAUAUUCCUCCAUAUGUUCUGGAUCAGGCUAUUCGCAGGGGACAAAUCAAUGAUGUUACUCUGGACGGAGAUAUUCCAAUUUGUAAGGACUACCUCAUGGGUGAGUGCUCAAGAAGGAGAGGGGGCAAAUGCAAGUUUAGACACCUCACACUUUCUGAAUAUGAGCAAGCAGUAUAUGGUACAAACCAACCAAAACAGUGCCCACAAGAACCACCACCUAGUAGUAUAGGACCCCCAGAUCCAAAAAGACAGAGAUAUGAACCUAAAUCAGUCAGUGCAGAAUUUGCACGAGAGAGAGAUUUCUUGCGUCCUGUCGAAGAACUUAGUAGAGAAGCAAUGCUCGGGCAAACCAUAAGUUUAAGAGAUUUUCGUGAUAGAGAUAGAGAGCGAGACAAAGAAAGAGAUCGACGUGGCUUAGAAGAAAUUUUGAUAUUAAGAAAACAAAUUGAUGAUCUCAAGAAGGACAACGCUAAUCUCAAGAAAGAAAAUUCUGAUCUUCGAGCAACUAAUGAAUUCUUAUUAGAUCAGGUAACUACUCUAAGAUUAAGCAAAGCAAGUGGAAGUGUGACAGCUGUAACUGUGCCAGCUGUCAGCUUGGCGUCUACUAUCCCCGUUGCAACAAGCGUACAGCCUUUGACUGCACAGCUCUCUCAGCCCCUCCCAAUUACAUCGGAUGUUGUUGCCUUGCCUACUGGUCCACCUCGGCCCCCACCACCACCCCAAGCACCUCAGCAAGCACCACCACAUUCAAUGGCUCCCCCAUCUCAGCAAGUUGCAGUAGCACCUCCAGGGUCAGCAGUAGUAGGAUCGGUCGGUGGCGUACAAGUUUCGUUGCCUCAGGCAACGGCUCUUACGGCAGUGUCUUUGUCGACAGUCACUCUAAAUCCACAGAUUGCACCGGCAACAUCAAUGGCACCCUCGAUGGCCCCCCCAUCAGCACAGAAUAUGGCUAUUUCCAUGAGUGGCGCAUCUGGCGGUCAUCUCGUGUCCUAUCCCAUAAUGACACAACCUGGGUUAAGGCCACAACUGCAGUGAAUGUCAGUAGUCAGUAGUUGUCUAACUGAUGGCUGUGUCUUUUUUUAGGUAUUUUAUGGCAGUCUGCUUAAAUUCAUAUUGAAUGAUUGCACAUAAUUUAUUGACUUUCUGUUGUUACCUGCCAAGUUAUACACAAGUUGAAAUGAAAGUUUUCAUUGUAAGUAUAUGUCCCUUUCAUUUAAGGCAGGGUGAUUGAUAAUGCAGAUUUUCAGUGUCAUUUGCUUAUCAUUGAUACUAUACUCAAAUAAUUUUAUAACUCCUUACAAAAAAAUUGUCAAUAUUCUUAGUUUUGCUAGUUAUGUUAAUAGUAAAAAAAAAAAAAUUUCCAGUUAUGUUGCAGAUAAAAAAAAAAAGUGGUUUCAGCUGUUGGAGUAGGUUAUAGAGCAAUCAUUAUUCAACGUGUUCUUAGUUGAGUAGAGUAUUAUUUGUAGAGUAUAUACCUAAAGGAUAGCUUUCCUAUAUACUUAAUCAUUCUCAUUUAAAGUAAAAGUUCAUUACAGUUGCACAGUGGAUAGUAUUUUGUCAGUUUGUGUCACUGCCUUUUAGUUACAGCUCUUGAAUAUUCUUGGUGAUUGUUUGAUGACUAGAGGUGUGUGUGUAUGCUGCUGAUUUAGUCUGAAAUCAGCAUUUAUAAACAAAAUAGACCUAAAUGAAUGCCUCAUGUCAUACAUUACUAAUCAGUCAUUUUGUUCAAAGAAUCAGAAAGAUGCAUGCUCAUAAGUUUUCAUAGUUAUGGACUACAUACUGGAAAAUGGGUUCCCUUUUAAUACUGACUAACUAUUCUUCAAAUUUUUAUAAGAAGAUUAUUAGAUUAUGCUGCAUCUUCAUUUACAAAACCAUAGAAGGACAUUGAAGUAAUGGUAGUAUAAGAAACACUGUAGAAUGCAAAUGAUCAGAAUAGAAAUCAUGGAAUUGGAUAGAUCUGUAUGGAAAGUAAAAAAAGAAGAGUUAUGUGCCAGAAUCUUAGAGUCUAGGAUAUGAUAGAAUAAAGGAAGUUGUGGAUUUAUACCAAGACCUAUUGACAAUUCAGAAUUACAAAGGUCAAGGGAAUUAAAAUAAGGUGAUGAUCUCAGGAAAUUUUAGUCCAGUGGAAAGUGAAAGGAAAGUGCAGAAUCAAGACCAUUAUUAUUAAACCCAGAAAAUGAGAAAGACAAAAUUUAAACCAUGAAUAUGUAAAUAAGCUGAGAAAUGAGAAUGAUUCAAGCAAGAAAAAGUCUUAAGUAUGCUAAGAUCUACAAAGAAAGAAAGGGAAGAAAAAGAAAAGCUAAGAGGAAAUUAUGUAUUUCCUGAAUGGUUGAAGAAGAUGUGUGUGAUCAUAUUCAGCCACUGUAGUUCAAGGAGAAACAUUUCAUUUGGAAAAAGAUGCAAAUUUUUUGUGUGAUAACAUUAUGCAUCUAUACUGACUUGAUUCAUGAUACUUCAUCAAGUUAUUUGAGAGCUAUCUUAUAAAGGAUGAGUGUUAAGUUGUUUGGUUUCAUGAUCUAAAGUCUAACCAGUAUCUUAUCCUGUUUAAAAAUUUGCUCAUAUGGUAGAGUACAGUAAUUAGACUUUUUUUUAUUUUAUUUUUAUACUGUAUAUGGGAAAUUUUUAUUGCAGGUAGUUAUUUUUGCUUUACAUAUACAGGCGGUCCCCGGGUUACGACGGGGGUUCCGUUCUUGAGACGCGUAUUAGCCGAAAAUCGUCGUAAGCCGGAACAUCGUGAAAAAUCCUAAGAAAACCUUACUUUUAAUGCUUUGGGUGCAUUGAAAACUAUGUAAACUGCAUUCUUAUGGCAUUUUUCAUCAAAAAAACCUUCAAAUAUUGAUUAUUUUGCAUUUUUGGUGUCAUAUUUCAUCUCCCAGAUGAGCGUUGUAGGCGUCGUAACCCUGGAAAUAACGUCUAUUGACAAGCGUCGUAACCGGGGACUGCCUGUACUAUAAUGUACUUUAUAACAUCCAUUGCUGGCUUGAGCUAGAAAUAGUCUCUCUCUCUCUCUCUCUCUCUCUCUCUCUCUCUCUCUCUCUCUCUCUCUCUCUCUCUC